ACAUCAGUUGAAACCACAUGGUCUCCUGGUAUGGGCCGCUGCUCGGUUUAUGAAUCUGUGUCCUUUGUUCCCUGGUAUCACCUGUUCUGCCCCUUUAAGAUCAGACGUUUCAAUCUAGGCGUGUUUCCUGCUGCCAUUGAUUGAAACCGUGCACUGGCAUCCUGCGGGGAAAAUAGCACAUUUUACAGCGCAACACACUCCCGUCCACACAGGCGAUCAUUUCUAUUUCAUUAUUAUUAAAAUGUUUUAUUUUUCUUCUUAAAGCAGGCCAAAUUCAUGUUUCUGUGAACGCGCAGCAGCCGCUUCAUUUAUGAUUUAUCGAAAUGAAAUGAAUGUCAGGCGGUCAAGGUCCACUCUGGCGAUGCAACAGCCACGGCUGGAUUUUCUUGCUUCUGGGUAGGAAACAUCUGUCGCAGUGGUCUGGAUGGAUUCCUGAUGACCGGACCGUGGAGGGAUUAAGACUGUUGGAGCAGAAGUGGAGCCUCACUGUGGGAAUGACACGCUGCAGUAAACACGGGAAAUAAUGGAUUAAAAAAAAACAUUAAUGAUGUUACUGCGACACUUUAACCGAUAGAAAAUGCUUCUUAGUGAGUCUCUUUGUGCGCACGUCGUUGUUACCUCUGUCUGUGUUUUGACUUAACAUUAUUGUUCGAGGCGUUUUAUAUUGUGACAGUUUACAUUAAACCAAAAAAAAAAAAAAGCGCAGAUCUGGGAAGAGGGCACAAUGUCUGCGGUGAUGAUAACGCGAAAGGUGCGAAAAUGGGAGAAGCUCCCGGGUAAGAACACUUUCUGCUGCGAUGGACGGGUGAUGAUGGCCCGGCAGAAAGGGGUCUUCUACCUGACCCUGUUCCUCAUCAUCGGGACAUGCUCUCUCUUCUUCGCCUUCGAAUGCCCGUACCUGGCUAUCCAUCUGUCCCCUGCCAUCCCUGUUUUUGCUGCCGUGCUCUUCCUGUUUGUCAUGGCUAUGUUGCUGAGGACCAGCUUCAGUGACCCUGGGGUUCUGCCGCGGGCCCUUCCAGAGGAGGCCACAUUCAUUGAGAUGGAAAUUGAGGCUGCCAAUGGGAACGUCCCCGCGGGGCAGAGGCCGCCACCUCGAAUCCGUAACGUCCAGAUCAACAAUCAGAUUGUCAAACUCAAGUACUGCUACACCUGCAAGAUCUUCCGCCCGCCGCGAGCGUCUCACUGCAGCAUCUGUGACAACUGUGUCGACCGUUUUGAUCACCACUGUCCAUGGGUUGGCAACUGUGUGGGCAAGAGAAACUACAGAUACUUCUACCUGUUCACCCUGUCCCUCUCCCUGCUUACCAUCUACAUCUUCACCUUUGACAUUGUGCAUGCGGUCAUGCGUUCAGUGGACAAAGGCUUUUUGAACACUUUGAAGGAAACCCCUGGAACUGUGCUGGAGGUGCUGGUGUGUUUCUUCACCCUGUGGUCAGUGGUGGGACUGACUGGCUUCCACACCUACCUGAUCUCUCUCAACCAGACCACUAACGAGGAUAUAAAAGGAUCCUGGUCAGGAAAGAACAGAGUCCAGAACCCUUACAGCCACAAGAACAUCAUUAAAAACUGCUGUGAGGUUCUGUGUGGGCCCACACACCCGAGCGUUUUGGACAGAAGAGGACUGAUGCAGGAGGAUUCACAUGUUUCUGCAACCAGUGCAGCUCCCUCCUCCUUCAACAACCCAGUGCCACAAACCACAAAAACCACAGCUCCACUCAUCCCCAAUGAGCACACACCUGACGAUGCCAAGCCGAGCAUUGCUGCUUUAGCAGAGGAGAGCCCCUCCCCCAAAGAGAAGAGCUCCUCUUCUAAAGUGGAGCAUCCUUCGGCUCAAACGCUGCCACCCCUCGCUUCACCCGAGACUGAUGCAGAGACAUCCAUUGCCAAGGACAAUACCCAUUAGCUGCAUGAGGUGGGCGGCUCAGAACUUCUUCUCCAGCAUCCUGCCUGAUCAUGAACUGAAACAUUAUUAAUCAAUGUCUGAAUACUAUGCGGGUGACUCACUCAUUUUCUGACUCUUACACUUGAUUCCCCAAGAGAAGUGGAGCCUCUGCUGCAGCUCCUCCUCCCUCCUCUUCCUAGUAGUUGCUGCAGAGCUGUUGGAUUGACACUUCACUCCUGGAGGAGGAGUGAUUAAAUGAAAAGUCAGCAGCUUCUUGCCUCCUGAACACUGCAUGGAAAAGACACGAUGAGGAGAAGGUGGAAAAAACUAAAAAUAAAAAACAAAGAAACAAAAAAAAAUAUAUAAUAAUAAUGGGCUUGCUCUGAUUGUCAGUCAUUCUUUAUUUAAAAUUGUAUCAAGACAUUGAUGUGGAUGUUCAAAUAUACUCCUCUGGCAGAGACAGAAGGUAUGACUUCUGGAUGUGUGUAAAACUCAUACAGUCAUCUAUGUUGUGCAUAUAUUACAUGUCCUAUGCAAACCGCAAGAAGGCUAGACAAGGUUGGUCUUUAUGAAGAGUGUGGAUGAAGUUUUAACUUUUGCGAGUACAUACUAUGAUGUCCAGGCAGGAAGAGAAUCCUUUGCUGAAAAAUCCUUCAGGCUCCUUCCAGGCAACGUCUACCUUAUUUUCUGAUAUCGCUGUAUUCACUACUGUUGCCACUUAUGUACAUUUUUUUAAAUAAUUUUAAGUGAUCAUAUUCAGACCAACAGCUGUCUUUACGUUUGUAUAAUCAAAGAUGUAAAACCAGGUUGGCACUUUUAAACUGAGGAAACUUACACACAGAUAAAAUCCAUUUGAUGUUGAACCUCUAAACCCUAGUAUGUGUGAGAGACUAAAGGCCUGAUGAGCGUAGACACUCAUACUGACAGUGCCUUAUUGAAAAAGUUGCACCACCUGCAGCAACUGAAGUCAACCAAACGAGAAGCCCCUUGAUAGUGUUAAAAUGCAGAUGAAAUGAUGAGGUGAGGUGAGUCAUAAGAUUAAAGAAGUGGUUUGAUGUUAUGGUAAAGAUGUAUACAUCUUUCUUGCUUAUGAUGAGCAGUCUGAUGAGCAGAUCAAUACUACUUACCUGCCUCUGCAUUUAAUCUGAAAGUACAGCCAGUAGCUGCCUAGCUUAGCUUAUCUUACCAAGGAAAAAAAACUUUCUAGUGUUAAAUAGAAAAUUAAUCCUAUGAAUCCUUAAAUGAAGGAGUGGUUAGACCUUCUUGAAACAACUUUAUUAACUAUUUUCUAGAAGUGUGGAUUGAUACCACUCUUAUGUGUCGGUGAAGGUACAACCUGCAGUUCCUUAGGUUAGCCUAGCUUCGCCUAUCAUCAGAAAAAAACAUUUUGAUAUUAUUAAUCAUUGUUAGAGUUCAAAUAUAUGAGUAGUUUGGCUUUCUGAAUAAGAGGUUUAUUCACUUCCUUGCUGAGUUGAAUGAAUGUGAUAAUACCACUUCCCAGUUUGCCCAUGAAAUCAUAGUACAAGGAGCAGCUGCUUAGCUUAGCAUAACCGUUAAAAACAAGGGGAAACAGCUAGCAUAAGCAACAUUAACAUUAUUAUUUGAACUUUCAAAAGGUCAAACUGGUUAAUUAAUUAGCUUUAGAGGUGCUGGCAGAUAUGUUUUCUAAAUUUUGAACCCAGCAAGCUUCUCUCCUCUUGGUUUUCAGCCCACUUUUGCUAAGCUAGGCUAAUGAGCCGCUACAUAUCAUGAUCAUUCAUUUACUAAAGUGGUAUUGAUCUCUUCAUUGAACUCUCAGUAAGAAAAGAAGUAGUAAUAAAUAUACGUCCUGAAGUGUCCAAUUGUGUACUUGAACAGGAAAGAGAAGCAGAAAACACAUUUGUAAUAUUAUACAACAAAUUUGUGAUCCUCCCAUCUUUAUAGACUGAAUUAAGUUCCACAAAUAAUUAAAAAAAAUUAUCUUUGAGAUAAUCAUUCUUUGGCUAAAGUGGUCAUUAUAGCCUCUGGGGAUCAGACGUUGCUGUGUCACAAGAAUAAACUGAAAAGGAGUUUGAGAAGCAAAUAACUAAGCAAAGCCAUUAUUUAAACUAAAUUACAUAUUGUUUCUAGCAGGUUUACUUGUACUGGAACUUAGAAAGCUGAUGACUGAAGAUGGUAGAGUGGGCAGUCAGGGUUAGUUUUUUAGCAUCUCCUUCUGUAAGUCAUAGAAGAGCUGAUUUUCCUCAGAGUCCUGCUGUCUUCUGCCUCUAAAUUAAACUCUUCCUGUAUUGUCACUUGCGUUUUUGCUGUGACAAGUUGCUCCCGCAAUGCGGCCAUGUUUGAGGCAGCUUUCACUUUUGUUCAUAAUGGCAGAAAAGAAAGGAUGUUCAGUCCUCUCUUUUUAUAAAGCUUUUUAAUGUUUUGGAGAUUGUUAAAGGGAGGAGUGUCUUCACAGAAAGGGAUAUUAAAAAAAGUCCAGCUAAUUCUUAGUAUUUAGAUGAUGUUAGCUGAUAGCGAGAGUUUAAGUGCUAGUGAUUGUGUUGUAUGCAAGACAGAGUUUUGUGAAUCUUAUUCAUGUAGUAUUGUAUCAGGCAAAUCUACCCAAUUUCAGUUAUUAAAUGAGUCAAAGCAGACACUGUUGCUCCUUAACUUCCUUAAAGUAUAUUUUUAGCUACAGUAGAUAAAGUAGAUUUCAGUACACUGGAAUUGUGUUUUUCUGUAACAGUUUACUGCCCAAAACCAAUAUCAGAAACUUUCUGACUAUGAAAAAUAAAAAAUAAAUAAGGCCACAUUUUACAGAUUUCUCUCUACUAUUGGUUCAUCUUUUGAUUAUUUGUUUGAUCAGAAAAAAAGUUGUUUAGAAAGCUGAAUAAUAGUGAUUUGCAGUCCACCCCCACCACAACCCCUGCAUAUUCAGUUUACCUAUAUAAGUCUAGCAAAUGUUUACUUUGACAAACUGCAUCCCUAACUUAUUGCCAGUCAUUAUUUUGUGAAAUAAUUAGUCAUCAUAUUAAUCUGACACAUCUCUGCUGGAUGAUGUAAAAUGUGUGGCAGUAUUACUUUGUGUAAUUUGUUUGAAAAAAACUUUCCAAAAAUUGUUAAAUUUCCAGUAAGACGUAGUAAAACCAAGAUCAGUUUUAGAGCUAAACUUCUUUUCUUUGUAGAAGGUGUUUGAAAUGGUGCAUUAGAUCAUUGUUGUCGCUGAGAAACAAGAAUGUGUGUUGCUGAUAUUCGAUAGGAGGGAUGUUUGUGUUUUUAAAGCACAUUUUAAAGGGACACCUAAACUUCUUAAGUUUUUGCCAACCAAGCUGAACUCUAGUAUUUAUGAUUCCUGUGUUAAAACCAUGAUCAGAUUUGAGUUCUCUGAUGAAUCAAUGACAUUGCAUUAUGUAUACAAAGUAAUAUGAUGGAACGCUUAUUUAUGUUCACUUUGUUUAGUAUCAGCACUGUGAUUAUAUGUAUCAUUCAUUUUACUUCACUUCUUUUUACAUGAUCAGUGUGUCUGAUAAAUAAACAACAUGUCUUAUUAUAAAGCGUCUUUUUAAAGAUACAUAAAAUGUUUGUGUCCAGGUAUUAUUACAAAUUGCAUGAGGACAAAUAUGUUGGCUUUUAAAGAAGAUGGAAGAAUUAUUACAGUCACAAUUCCCGUCUGAUGCUUUUUGGUUGAUAAAAAUUUUACUUCUUGUGGAUUUUUCAAUGUAAUAAUGCUUUGUAAUACACAAUUUCCUUCCAGUCUGAAAUAUCUCAUCACAUGUUGGUUAAAACCUUUGUAAACUCUACAUGGAGCUGCAGGCAUAGCUGUAGAUUUUAAUUUCAAUGCAAGAAAAGUAAAUUACAAAAAAAAAAAAAAAAAAAAA